UAUAUUUUCACUUUUUUUUUUUCACUAUUUGUAUUAUUGAUCAUCAAUUAAAUCUCGGCUGUUUUCGGAUUGGCGGACGUCUCUGGGAAACGGAUUUGACGAACCGGAAGAGCAAACCGGUGGGGUUACGUUUAAAUACUAAUAAAUCGAAAACCGAUAAUCCACACGUCUCCACCCGUCCACCGUCAGCCUCCUUUUCCCACUUCCAGAAUUUUCCUCAUCGUCAGUCCUUUUCAUCAUCGGGAAAUCCUUCCCGAUUCCAAAUUCCGGCAAUUACCAAAAAAACCAUCUUCUUCGCAUCUUCAAUCUCUAAUGUCUGCUACUACUAAUUUCUCACAAAACCUCAAUCUCUGGGGGGUUCUCUCUGUAUCAAAACGCAUAAUCAAUGCUCACUCGCGCCAUUUCUUAGCUCUUUCCGUUGUGUUUCUUAUCCCCCUUUCUUUCUCCUUGAUCGUUUACCCUACCCUUCAAAAUACUUUCUUUGAAUCCAAUUCGAUCGUUUCGAAACCAUCCCUUUUCAUCUCCUUAUCCUACACUGACGCCCAACCCACCAAAACCCAAUUCCUUCUUCCUCUGUUUUACGCCUUGUUUGUCCUUCUCCUAGCCCUUUUCGCUGUGGCAACAAUCACCUACAGCACUUUUCAUGGAUUUUAUGGCCGACCCGUUAAGCUUGUUUCUUCUUUCAAGUCAACCCUUUACUCGUUUUUACCCCUUUUAUCCACUUUUAUUGUCUCCCAAAUUCUCUUGGCUAGUUUCGGUGGAUUAUUAGCUUUUGUGUUGGCUUUGAUUUAUCGAAGCUUGGGUCUUGAUUUAAGUUCAGGGUCGAAAUAUUCUGUGGGAUUUUUAUUCUUGGCAGGAAUAAUUGUGGGAUUGUUUGUGAUUACCAUGCAAUUGAGUUGGACUUUAGGGUUUGUGGUAGCGGUUGUGGAGUCAAAGUGGGGAUAUGAACCGUUGAGGAGGAGUUCUUAUUUGUUGAGGGGAAUGAAUGGGGUGGCAUUGUCUAUGCUUCUCCUUUACGGGUCUGCGAUUGGGUUGUUAGCUUGGGGGUGUUCCACUUCUGUGGCUAAUGCUGGGCACGCCAGUGGAUUGAUGAGUUGGGCAUUUGUGUUGCAGACUGUUGUUAGCUCCGGUUUUAUCACCCUGCUAAUGCUUCAUAACGUGGCUGCAAAUGUGGUGUUGUAUAUGUAUUGCAAGGCAUUGCAUGGUGAGUUGGCAUUUGAGAUUGCUGAGGAGUUUGCUUGCGAGUAUGUCAGCUUGCCUUUUGAUUAUGAAAAGGUUCCUCAUGUUGUUUCCAUUGUUCAAGUGUAAUCUGGUUAGGUACUAGCGAUCUUGUUAUGUGCAACAUCACUUGGUUCUUAGUUUCAUUUGGCCCUGUGUCAGCUUAUGAAUAUGUAGGUUUAUGAUCUGUAUCAAACUUAUGAGAAAUAUGAACUGGAGACACCUGUAAAUAUGAUGAUGUUUAGACAUUUUUUCUUAGCAUAUGUUUAGUUUCUUACAGUAGUAGAUAUUACUCCUUCCUUUUUAUACUGAUUUAUUUGUUGAAACUAAGUGCAUAUGAUGUUGUUAUGACAUUUUUUUAUAGGCAAUGUUUAGCUUCAACACUUUACACACUGAUACACAUUCUAUCUGUUACACUGAUUUUCUAGGAGUUGAAUCGAGUGUAGCACCAAUACUUUUUGCUCUAAACUAUAAUCUGUAAUGCUAGCCUUUACUAGUUCUAAGCAUGUCAGUCUAUGAAAUUCAGAACAUAGCAUUUUGUCCCCAAGUAGAUCACUAGAAACCUGAUCCUUUGGGGUGGGUAUUAAACUGGCUGUUGAAAUUAUGUGAUAGCAUUUUGGCAUUGUAAUAUGUUGUCAUUGGAUUGUAUCUGAGAGUUUCAUGUGGGAAGAGAUCCUGUGUCGCAUAAUUUGUGUUGUGAACCUUUUGCUAUCUCUUUCCUGUUGUCUAUAAGAAUUUGUUUGUUUUUAGUGUUCCUCACGAAGGGAUGGUGGACAACGCACAGAGAUCAGAGAUCAUUUCUUUUGUUCCUGUACGGGAAAAAUUUUCUGGAUACCUGAAUAAUCUACACUGUUGUAGCUUUGAGAGCUUAGUGCUUUUAAAGUGAUUUUUAUCUGAUAGGAGUAAAUGACAAUCAUCUUGAAGUUUAAAUCAUUGAUUUGUUUUGAGUUAGUGUGACUGAGUUAGAAAUUUUAAGAAGCUUUUAUGUCUCAUUGAUGCAAUUUGAAUUCCUGUAUUGCAUUCUAGUGCCUUUGUCGUUUUCCUAAAACGAACUGUUGCAGUAUUUAUUUUUUGCAAGCUUCUUGAGUUGUCUGGUGGAAACGCAUAGUGCUUGGUAGGUUGUUUGAUGGAAUAUGUUAUUCCCCUGAUUUUGUGUUUGGUAAUAACUCAUAUAUUAUAUCUGUUUCCC